CGCUUCAGAGAGAGACGUCACGAGACACACACGCGUCGCUCGCUUCUACGCGAGAAGCUCGAUCAAGUAGCAUAUAUAUUCAAUCGAUAUCCCUAUUGAACAUCAUUGAUCAUCAACAUGGCGACUCUUGAGGAGCAGACCAAACACCUGGACAACCUUCAGAAGGAGCUGAAUCUAGUGCUCGAACUCAUGGGUCGAAUGCUUGCGGCUAUCAAUCACAAUCCCAAUACCGCUCCCAUUGUUCAAAAGGAUCGUCUGAAGCGCGAGUUUCCUGGAGCUGUCGCCAGAUGGCACGAGAGUCUAGAUCCACUGGAGAACCAACUACUCCUAUCAAGGCGGGUAUUAUGUCGAGAGCUCGCCAUCUGUCGGGAGACCAAUGCCAAGAAGUCGUUAGAGGACGCAAAGGCCGAACCCAAACAUGCCACAAAGGAUGACAUCAAAAUGACCGACGAUCCUACUGCUACCACUUCGCCUCCAAAUGCCGCUGGGCAGGACGCUCCCAAGCUGGAAAACAACCCAGACGAAGACGUCGCCAUGGAAGAUGCAAAACCAGCAACGGGCGAUGACUCCGCGAGCAAGGAUGCAAGCUCGCUUGAACAGGAAACCAACAAGAACGAUGCGAAAUCCAGCAUCCUCAAUCUCGAUACCAACAUCGAAUCCAACCCAACCGACGAACCGGCACCCAUGACGGCGAACACAGACCUUGACUCUCUCUUCCAAGACGCCGACGAUGACACCGACCGCAAAGACCCUCAAGAUGGGAAUAACGAAACCCAUACAGCCAAGGCCAAAGCAAACGACGGUCCCUUUAAUUUCGAUACCUCAGAUACCAACACCAAAAACGACCCUACUACCAACCCUAAUCCGAACGAUGACAACGAUCAGUCCACCCUCCGCUCCAGUGCCAAUGGUGGAGCCAACGACAACCUCUCCUCCCUCCUUCCGGGUCUCCAGGACUACGCCGCGGGCGCCAACGGCGACGGCGACAUCGACUUCGGUGGCAGCAACGACGAAAGCGCCGAAGCUGGCGGUAUGAGCAACACGGAAUUUGACGCGCUGUUCGGUUCCUCGGACGCGUUUGGCGCGAACAACGACAGCAACAACAACAAUGACAACACCGCUGGCAACAAUGACGAUCCCUUCGGCAACGCCGGUAAUGCUACCGGUGGUGGCGAUGCAAAUGGCGAACCGUUCAAUUUCGAAGCUUUCAUGAAUUCUACCGAUUUCGAUGCCGAAGGUGCCGCGGCCGCCGCGGCUGCAGGCGGGAAUGGACAGGCAGGUGGGAGUACUGCAACCGGGGAUGGAUCGGAGAUGAAUCAGGAUGAUGGGCAACAGUUUGAUUUCGAUUCGUUCUUUCAAUGAGAGGUUUUCUUUUGACGGGGUCUUUGCCUGGCGAAGAUUGUCGUAUCGGAGAAAUGUUUCAAGUACUCGCGGCGGUCCAGUCUGGCCGACGAGGUUCAUUGUUGAGGUUUGGCUCUUUGAUCUUGAGCUGAGGAGGAGAUGGGGGGAGGACAUGUGUGUCAAAAUGUAGUGAUCAUAUUUUGCGCUGGUGCUGCGUUGCUAUCAUAAAUCAUAGUCAUCUUCAUCGUCUCAUAAAUAGCGAACAGAAACUAUCGCAAAAAAGAGAACAUGGAUCCGUGCUCUCCACUGUUCCUCAUCAGAAAGACCACGAACCAAAUAUCAAAAUGGCGCAGAAAUAU